AUAUUUUGUUAAUCAUUAUAGGUAAAGAUGAAGAAGAUAAAUCAUCAUAAAGCAGAAGUAACAGAGAAAGUUCCCCGAGUACACCACAACCAAUGCCACCAAAUGAACUUGUCCUAAAACAGAACCAUCAGAUAAUAUAUCAAAUGGUCUCAUCACAAGGUCAGACUGGCAGUGCUAUGUUAAUAUCAACCCUCAAUGACGAAGAUGAUGAUGUCAUAGCUUCAGAUCAGUCAGUCAGCGAACAGCAUCAAGUAAAGUUACUACGGCAACAAGUAGAACAUGAACACCAGCAGACACAGGUGGCUGUAGCACAGGUUCAUCUCAUUAAAGAACAGCUAGCUGCUGAAACAGCUGCAAGGAUUGAAUCACAGGCACGUACACAUCAGUCAGCUGUUAUUACAGAACCGUGAUUUAUUGGACCAUAUGAAACAGAUAUUGUCGCGCUUGCAGACACUCGAAAUGCAGGCCA